AUGGCGUCCAAGGACAUACCUUCACAGGCUCUUGAUCAGGAUCCACCUGUGCAGGCUCCUGAUCAUGAGCCACAUAUUGAUGAUAUAGAUCCUCCACAUCAAGAUCCCCCGGACAGCGAUUUGAUUCAAGAUGAAGUGAGGAAGGUAGUGAAAUUCUUACAGUCAGCUAAGGUUCAUUUAGAUACUCCGAAAUGCUUUGGUUUAGACUGGCGCGUGGAGCAUGUCAGGAGAUUGCUCAACUUAGCGGAUCGUGAGAAGAAGAUUGUGAAAGUGGGUAUACAUGGGAUGCCCGGUAUUGGUAAAACCACUCUGGCCAAGGUUGUUUGCAAAGAAGUCUUCUACAGUCAGUUUGAAAUGCAUUGUUUUGUACUUAAUGUGGGAGAAAGAUGUCAGCUGGAAAAUGGGCUCGUAGAGCUGCAAAUCUAUAUGCUCCAAGAGGUUUCCCGAUUCAUGCCCAAAGAAGAUUCCCAAGUCGGAGUCGAAGUAGAACAUAUUGAUCGAGGUAAAUAUCUGCUACAAGAGUGUCUCAGGGGUAAGAGAGUUCUUCUCCUCCUUGAUGACAUUCAAAGUGUCGAGCAGCUGGAAGCUCUUGGGGGAAAUUUCACUGACUUCGGGGCAGGCAGUCGUUUGCUCAUUACAUCUCAGAAUCAACAAAUUCUAAAAGUGGCGAACGUUGAUGGAAUGUACAAGGUAAGGAUUCAAAUUCCACGCGUUCCCUAA